GAGUUCACUAGAAAUUAACAAUGGAGGCACUUGGGAAUUUGGCAUUAGACAGAGGAAGGAGGUACGUCAAUUUGGAUGAUAAUCUUAGGUCACUCGAAAGGAAGUUGCAAAGAUUAGGCGGCAGAAAAUCUGACUUCGAGUUGCAAGUGACGAAUGGAGAAAGAUCAGGUACUAAGAAAAGGAAAAGGGAGGUUGAGAUUUGGUUUGAGGAGGUAGCAACAGUAGAAAAUGAAUUCGGUGCAUUGAAAAAGAGCAUACAAGAGGGUGGAUUUCUAGAAAAUGCAAUUAGCAGUGGGGAUAGAGUGGCGAAAAUGGAUGCAAUUGUAGAAGACCUUAUUGAGCAAAGUAAUCAUUUUGAUGGGCUUUUGCUUGAGGCUUUUGAGAGCAGAGGUGAGCCACGAGUGACAACGAAAUUAUUUGGAGAAAUGUUUGACAGAGGUUUGAAGCAAUCUGGGCGUGGUUGGUCAUCGAUAGCAUCUCAAACAUUGGGAUUUAUGGGAUGGGCGGUGUGGGUAAGACUACAUUGGCGAAACACAUCCAUAAUCAUCUCCUUGAGAGAACUCAAUUCAAGGUUUAUUGGAUUACUGUCUCUCAAGAAUUCAGCAUCAAAAGGCUGCAAGAUGACAUUGCUAAACGCCUAAGGCUUGAUCUGUCACAUGAGGAUGAUGAGGAUAGCAGGGCAGCCAUUUUGUCCAGGGCAUUGGUGAAGCAGUCCGUCCUCAUACUCGAUGAUGUUUGGCAAGAAUUUUCUUUUGAAAAGAUUGGAAUUCCCCUUGGUGCAAACAAAUGCAGAGUGAUCUUGACUACUCGGUCACUGGAAUUAUGCAACAGGAUUAGCUGUCAAAGGGUAUUUGAAGCUAAAACUUUGGCUACAAAUGAAGCUUGGGAUUUGUUCAAACAUACACUUGACCCUAAGACAGUGCUUCAUGGAGAGAUGGAAGAAAUUGCCAAGUCUGUAGCAAAAAGGUGUGCUGGUUUGCCUCUUGGUAUUAUCACAGUGGCUGGGAGCAUGAGAGGCGUGAUCAACGUCUGUGAGUGGAGAAAUGCAUUGGAACAAUUGAAAGCAUGUUCGGUAGGGCAUGAUGAGAUGGAACGAGAUGUGUUUCCCAUCUUAGAAUGGAGUUUCAAUCGCUUGAAUGGAUGUUUAAGGCAAUGCUUCUUGUAUUGCUCUCUUUAUCCGGAAGAUUGUUAUAUAAAAAGAGAGGAACUAGUGAUAGGGUGUUAA